CGCAGGGGUACUGUGACAUCCUCCAGGGAAGGGCAGCUUUUCCCUUGGCCAUCGGAGGCCCCGGCCCAGAGGGGCAAGAGAGCCGGACCGGACAUGGAGCCCGGGGCCCAGCCCUCCAGGGCCCCGGGGGACGGGAAGGCCGAGCCGCAGCAACAGGCCCUCGCUCAGUCCAUCGAGGGCCACGGCCAGGUAGUGCUGCUGCGCGAGCUCUGGAAGCAGGACGAGUGCUGUGUGACGCUGCAGAACAUUCUGGAGCAGGGCCCGACCGAUCAGCCCUCUCGGCCCUCAUCCAUCCGAGCCACGAGCGGCCACAGCAGCUCCAGCAUCUGAGCGAGGCGGAGGCUCAAGCGCUCCGGAGACAGUUCGCGGAGGUGCGCCGAUUGCCCGGCCGCCAAGUCCAAGCGCUGCACGCAGAAGCAGCCCUGCGACCGGCGCAAGGCUGGGGACUCGCAAGAGCGCAAGCGUGAGGCGGCUCGGGCUGCGGCUCCGGCUCCGGGCUGGCGGAAGACGCGGCGUCGGGCUGCCGAGACCCUAGGCAGCCGCCGGCGGCGCCCUCGCCCCGCGCGCGGCUGCUCCUGGUGUCGCGCCGCGCGUCCGCGCUGCGCUCUCAGCUGCCGCGGCUGCAGCUGCUCCUGCAGCAGGUGCGCGACCAGGGCCGCCGCCCGCCCGCCGCGCUCGUCGGGAUCGUCGUGCAGCCCCGGCGCGACGAGGCAGCCGAGGCGCGCCGCCGCAUGGAGACCCUGCUCUGCAGCGCCUUCGCCCCGCACAGCGCCUCCGUGGAGGUGCACACGGCCGUGUUCUGCCCCAGCCGCCCCGAGGGCACCCUGGACCUCCAGCUGGCCGCCAGCCGAGCGCACAAGGGCGCGUCGCCGGGCUGCGUCCCCCUAGUGGAUCGGGCGACCCAGACGGAUGGGUCUGUGACGCGAGCGGGCCCGUGUGCCUUCUGUUCCUGUUCUGCUUGUCCUGGCAGCUCUGCUUGCUGGCAUCGUCUGGGCCUGUGCCAUAGCCGCAUCUUCGAUGUCCUUCUGCCUCGGGCCUGGCCGACCAUGCCGGGGAGAGGAUUCCCAAACCUCCUCACCUUCUACAGAAGACCUGCAAGUAAACAUUCCACUCAUCGUAAUUUGCGUGCUCCGAGCCCUUGGGACUGUUGCUGUGGCUCUGGGAGCCCUGGGAGCUGCCUACUACAUCACUGAAUCCUUGUGAACAAGUCUCCAGGCCUGCGGCCCAGCAGGUAUGUGGACCCCCUUCGUGCCCACGGCCCUUUGCAGAGUGAUCCUGAAGCCCACUAACUCACCAUUCCUGCAGCCCAGGGCUGAUGGAAUGUCUGUCUCUUCUCUGAAUGGAGGAGGUCUCUAGAGGUGGGCGAAACCCCCAGCCUCUCAGGGGAAUCUUGAGAACUGAGUGACUUGUUUCUGGCCUCAGGGUCCACUGGCACAUCUCUCUCAGGCAGCCCUGGACACUCGUGGACAAUGCUAGACCCAUUGUGGGAUCUUCAAAACAGAGUUUCCCACCUCUCCUCUGGCCUGGGGUUGGUUCCCCUAGUCGUGGACACCAGAUAGGAGGAGAUGGGAGACGCGGGGGCAGAGGGUCCUAUGCAUCUCAGAGCCUUUCCUCCCAACUUUCUCCCUGCCUGUCACACCAUUUCCAGCCCUACCUACCCUUUGUGAACUUCAUGUUCCGUGGAGCCUUUCUGCCGUCUUCGUUAUUACUGUUUUCUCCAGCCUAUUCCAGCCCACACUGCAGACGAUUUUUAUGUACAUAUGCGGCCUGUCUCCACGCUGUAUUGCAAGAUCCUUGAGGGCAGGGAGCAUGCCUUCCACAACAUCUUCAACCCUCCCCUGUCUCAGGCUGGGCUCCCUAGAAGCAGAGCCUGAGACAGGGAUUCGGGUGCACAGGAUUUAGUGGAGGAAAAAAAGUGAGGGAGGCAAGAGAGGGAGGGGAAGGAGUGGAGCAAGGACAAGGUCUCAGCGGAAGUCCACUUAGCCCAGUCCUGGGGAGCUCUGGAGGGUGAAUUACAACCAGAGUUGGUCUCACCGUGAGCCCAGAGGGUUGGCCUUUCAUGCCCGUCUGUGAGUCAGUCAUUGGCUACAGGGUGAGGUGGGGAGUGCAUGUCUUUGUGAAAAAGCGGCUCCCAUUUGGGUGAGGACAAGUCCCUGAGGAAGGAGACAGCUCUGAGCCUUUAGCAGCCAACAUUCAUAAUUCACAGGAGCUGGGCGAUGGAUGUGCCAGCCCAGAAAGGGGAUCUGGGCGGGUACCAAGAGCACCCCCAAUUGUCCCCAUUGUCAAGUCCACAUGCGGUGAAUGCCUAACAAGUGGUGAUGGGGGUGGGGCAGGGGGUAAUGGGAGCAUUUCAAUCCACCCCAGGCCUCCAGCAGCCACAGCAGUGUGUGUGGUGGGAAUAGAGGCUCAAGGUAACUCAGAAGCCCAGCCCGGAAAAUAAACUCCAGUGAGAGCUCACCAUCUCCUCAAGGGCUCUGCUGCCUGAUCCUGGGACAUUCAUGAAAGAGCAGAGAAGCACCUUAAGCUUCACAAAAUUCCACAGCAGUUGAAAUCCUCAGUUUCCUCAUCUGUACAUAGGGAAGAUCUUGAGAUCGUUGGGAAUAUGAGACGAGUAUGAGACCAGGUGCUUGGAGGGCAGAGAGCUGGCCAGCUGGGGGAGUCUUGUUACUGUUAUCAUCAUGGAGGUGGCAGUUGUUGGAUAGACGCUGGUUUUGGAGUUGGAGCCGUAGGUGCUAGCCUUGACUCUGCUGCCUGGUGGCUGGGUGUUCGGGGCCACGUUACUUGACUUCUGUGAGGGUCAGUAGCAUCUCUAAAGUGGGGAGAAUAACAGCUACCUCCAAGGUCAAUGGUUGUGAGGAUCAAGCUAGGGGAUGCGCAGCCCUGCAGGGCCUGGUCACGGGUUGGGUAGAUGGUGGCGACUGGCAGUGUGAAGAUGGCGCCCAAUCUCAAGCGUUUUGGCUUAGAGUCUCCUUCCAGCAGAGCCCACUGGUGUGAGCUUGGGUUCCAGAGGCAGGAAGCCUUGGGAUCAGAUCCCCCUUCAACACCCAGUAUCUCUGGGGCCUGGGCAACUCCCUUAACUCCUGAUGCCUUGUUUUCUUGUUAAAUGGAGAUAAUAAUGCUGCAGCUCUCACUUGGGGUGGGGGGGAACUGGAUAAAAAAAAUGCACGUGAAACACUUAGCAUAGGGCCUGGCACAGAACAGGCACUCAACAUAGCAGCGACAUCACCAUCAUUAUGUUUUAACUCAGUAUUCCCCAAACUUUAUUGACCUUUGAAAUCUGGAAUAUUACUCUUUUUAAUAUAUUUUUUGAAGUAUUAUUAACCUACAAUACUGUGUGAGUUACAUUGCACAACAUAGUGAUUCGAUAUUUCUAUACAUUACAAAAUGAUCCCCACAAACACUAGUUUUAUUAAAACUAGUAAACUAGAAGUCAAAAUAUAGUCAAGCUAUGUUUUGGGAUCGAUCACUUAUUUUCUUUAAAUUAGCUUCCUUUUUAACUUAAAUGCAUUUCUUUUCAAACUGGCCAUAAAUGGAAAAUCCUAUCCUUUGCCAUAAAGAAGACUCACAAUAGGGCUUCCCUGGUGGCGCAGUGGUUGGGAG